GAGGCAGCUAACCGUCCUCCUGCUGCCAACACCGGGGGAAACUGAGGAAGAGACGCCGCUGGGUGUCUCCGGAGUGAAUGUCUGUCCAACAUCCAACUUUAAAGUAACUUGUGGAACAGGUGGACCAGCCUCCGCACCUGUGGCAGCACUGGCGGCCGAUGAUGAUGAUGGAGGUGACCGUGAGGGGGAUGAGGCGAGGCCGAGGCGGGAGAGAGAUGGCGGCGCUGGCGGCGAGAGUGGAGGCAGAGUUGAACCUGCGGACAGGGGAGGAGAGGUGACAGGAAGCUGGAUGAGAGAGAGAGAGAGGAUGACUUCAGCAAAGGGCUGCAGGUCGGACUGGAACCCUGAGCUGCUGCAGCGAGGACAAGGCCUCUGUAAGAGGGACGAAGCUCUACUGACUGAGCUACCAGGACACCCACCAGCCACAAGUCUGAAGUGUCACAUCAGAGCGAACAGAGAGCCGCCGAAGAUGGACGCAGUCCUGCUGCUCAUCAUGGCUGCAUCAGGGCUGAGUGCCGUCUCAUCACAGCUCCGUCGUCAGUACCAUUUUGUUUAUGACCAGAAGAACAUGACUGAAGCUCAGAAGUACUGCAGAGCAACAUACACUGACCUGGCAACUGUAGACAACAUGGAGGACGUGAAGAUCCUGAUCAACACAGUAGAUACAAGCAAAGCGUCUAAUUUAUUCUGGAUCGGGCUGUAUGAUGACGUGAACAGCUGGAGGUGGUCGCUGUCAAACACCAGCUUCUACAGAGACGGGGAGGCCGAGUUCAGACUGUGGUGGCCUGGACAACCAGACAACUCUAACAGUAGAGAGCACUGCACUGUGAUGUUUGAUGGACAAUGGAACGACGUUGAUUGUAUGACUCGCUAUAGGUCGGUCUGCAUGGAUGUCAGAGGGCUGAAAGUGACAUUUGUCCUCAUCGAGACUCUCAUGAACUGGACUGAGGCCCAGAGCUACUGCAGAGAACACCACACAGACCUGGCCAGUGUGAGAAACAUGACAGAGCACCAGAGGGUAGCGGGCCUGGUACCUGCAGGACAAUUUGCCUUUAUCGGCCUUUACAGAGACUCCUGGAAGUGGUCGGAUGGAAGUGACUCCUCAUUUAGGCACUGGAAGCAAGGUCAACCUGCAAAUGAUGUUGGUAAUGACGCUUGUGUAGUGGCAGACUUCAGCGGAAGUGGAGAAUGGUGGGACGAUCCCUGUGACCGGAACAGACCGUUCAUCUGCUACAUCACUGUGACUACAAAGCAAGUGAUCAAAGUGCGUCUGGUGAGAAAGGACUCCUCUCUGGAUCUCAACGACCCUGCUGUGAUGGAACAAAUGUUGAAGGAGGUCCAACAGAGGCUGAAGGACCAGGGGGUGAAAGGAGACGUCAAACUGAGCUGGAGGAAGCAGGCAGAUGGAAAGGUCUUCCACGAGGAGGAGGAGGAGACAAAGGAGAAGAAGACCCGUCGCAAGAGGGACGAGAUUUAAAGGGGCACUACGUAGUUUUGGAGAAGAAAUUCAGACUCAUGAUUUUAAUGUUUACAAUAUUA